AAUCAGUGUUAAUGCAUUAGAAACAAGUCUGUCUAUGAGAAAUUUGUUCAUUCACAUAAAUACCGUGACGGGGGUUUUGCUUGUUGAGGAAGGCGUCACACUUUCCAUUCAAUGUAUUUUUCCGUGGUUCUCGCUCUACUCACUAUCGUUUUCCUUCCGGUGCUGUACUACCUAUUACCAUGGCUUAACAACAAAAACAUUCGCGACGUACCUGGUCCCACGAUAGCUGCAUUUUCCAAUCUGUGGCUUCUGUAUCAGUGUCGCAAAGGGAAACGCUUUAUUGCCGUUGAUGAGGCUCACAAGAAGUAUGGAACUUUAGUCCGGAUCCAGCCCAAUCACGUGUCAGUUGCGGAUGAUCAAGCUAUUAAUUCAAUUUAUGGACAUGGCAAUGGGUUCUUGAAGAGUGAAUACUACGACGCAUUCGUAUCCAUCCGUACUGGACUUUUCAACACCAGAGAUCGUGCCGAACAUACCCGAAAACGUAAAGUCGUCUCACACACGUUCAGUCUGAAAUCUGUGGCACAAUUCGAGCAAUACAUGCACGGCAAUUUGGAAGUGUUUGUCAAACAGUGGGACCAUUUGUCGCGCUCAACAAACGGUGGUUACACACAAAUCGAUGCAUUACCAUGGUUAAACUAUCUCGCUUUCGACAUUAUUGGAGACUUGGCGUUCGGUGCUCCGUUUGGAAUGUUAGAAAAUGGCAAGGACAUUGCUGAAGUGAGAGAAUCGCCCGAUACUCCAGCCACAUAUGCAUCAGCUAUCGAUGUUAUUAAUCGAAGAGGAGAAGUGUCUGGAACACUUGGUUGUCUUCCGUCUCUUAUACCCUAUGCAAAACAUCUUCCAGAUCCUUUCUUCUCGAAGGGUGUGGAAGCGGUUCAGAAACUAACUGGCAUUGCUGUUGCGAGAGUAAAAAAUCGAUUAGCCAAUGCUGCCAACAUCGAACGUGUAGACCUGUUAGCUAGAUUGAUGGAAGGGAAAGAUGAAAGUGGCGAACCUUUAGGACGUGAAGAACUUACCGCGGAAGCUCUGACCCAAUUAAUAGCUGGCUCAGACACAACUAGCAAUACCAGUUGUGCUUUGCUAUUCCAUACGCUUAAAAAUCCGAAAAUAGUCAAGAAACUUCAAGUAGAACUUGAUGAAAGACUGUCAGAGACUGGUGUUCCCACCUACGAACUGGUCAAAGAUCUUCCGUAUCUCGACGCAGUUAUCAAAGAAACGAUGAGAAUUCACUCCACUUCAUCGUUAGGUCUGCCGCGUGUUGUUGUUGGAGACGGUUUAACAUUGCAAGGCCAUUUCUUUGCACCUGGAACGGUUCUUUCAGUUCCGGCAUACACCAUCCAUCACUCCACGGAAAUCUGGGGUCUGGAUGCUGAUGUUUUUCGGCCGGAGCGCUGGGAGACAUUGACGGAAAGACAGAAAAAAGCCUUUAUUCCGUUCUCGUAUGGACCGAGAGCGUGCGUCGGCAGGAAUGUUGCAGAAAUGGAAAUGGCACUCAUAACCAGCACACUCUUCAGAAAUUUUGAGUUUCAACUGAAACAGGAUAUUCUGGAGACCAGCGAAGGAUUUCUACGAAAACCACUUUUCCUCAAUGUUGGAAUGCGACGAAGAAAGAAUUAGUCUAUCUCCAGCAUCACCAAAAAAUUGACUGUCAUGUCCAUUCACUUUAAUCUUCAUUAUUUUUGGUUGGUAAACAAAAGAUAAAAAUUUAUUGAUAAUGUGACCGUGCGUAGCUACCAUGGUUGUGAUUGUAUAAUUAGAGUAAAAAAUAGAUGGAACUGACCCGUCUAACUCUUGAAUCUACCUAUGAGAAAAUUUAGAGUUUUGCAUCACGUCUCUCCUCAAAUCGCCAUCAGUGCCAAUAUGAAUUCAUUCUAUACAUUAACCUGUCAAAUACGGCUACUCAUAUCUGCUAUCGAUAACAACAACAAA